UCGGAGAUGGAGGAGACUUGACUUCCGACUAUUCUCAGUAAGAGACCCCAAAUGCUAAAUGUUUGACUAAGAUUUUUAUUCUCUCUCUCAGGCUGCUCAAACUUUGGUCAUGCUAUUCAUAAAUUUCAAUGUAUAAGAAAAGCCACCAUAAUGGAAGCGUCAGCCACUGACUACUGGAAAAUGUUUUUUUUCUGAUAAUUUAAUCAAUCAAUUCAAUAAUGCUGGUGUAAUUUAUCCAUCCUGGAUUUUAAUUCCGGAUCGGAUUGGUCGGUUCGCUGGAACCUAGGGGCCAGUCUGGUUUGGACUUGUCCUAAUUUUGAUUUAGACUAUCAGAUUGGGUGAACCAGGAUCAAACCAUAUUACCAUAAACCGUCUUUUGAAUGUUGGGUUUAAUACAUAUUUAAAUAGUAAAUCAAACUGAGCAGCCUAUGCAUCAGUCAAUUAGAGGUGGAUCCAACCAAGUUAAAAUAUUUUUUAAAUCAAGUUUAACUUUUCAAAUCUAAUUUAAAUCAAUUAGAGGUAGACUAGAAUGACUGCAAAAAUUCCAAGAUGAAGUGACACGAGAGGAGGCCUUGAAAAUUCGCCCGUAGCUAUCGGUAGACUGUAGACUGUAGACUGAAUCAGCCGGCUUUGAUUCAGUCAGUGUAAUUGAAUCUAUUGCUGAAUCUCUUAUUCUUUCUCACCAUUAUCUUCCUCUAUGCUAUUCUAUAUAAACAACGAGAUAAAUGCCAUUUGGAACAGCUUCAAGCCAUUUGCUAACAAGUUCUAGCUUCUUUACUAAGUUUAUUUUCUCAGUCUAUCAAAUUUCCUCUCCAAUGGCGUCAUCUUCUCCAUUGAACAUUCCUGCUUCUGCUGCCGCCUUAUUUCAAGAUCUUCCAAAGGAAAAAUGGUGGGGGAUCAUUGAGUACGUUCAGUUUGAAGGGUUCUGGUACUCAGCUCCCCGCCUUCAAGCUUCUCUCACUGCCAGGUCCAACUUUAAAGCUCUUGACGAUGAUGUUAUUCUGGCUUCUUGUCCCAAGACCGGCACCACUUGGCUCAAGGCCCUCAUUCCAUCCAUCAUGAAUCGUACAGGAGAAUUUAAAGACGACGACAGCGAUGAUCCUCUCCUCAAAAACCAUCCAAACGCCUUCAUGCCUUCUCUGGAAAUGAAAAUUUUCAGAGACACCCCAAAUCCUGAUCUCUCUGAUUUGGUCUCUCCAAGACUUUUCCGAACUCACGUUCCGUACACCAUGCUCUCAGAAUCCGCUCAGAAAUCAGACUGCAAAAUCGUCUACAUCACUAGAGAUCCUAAGGACGCGUUCGUGUCGUUUUGGCACUUCAUGAACACAAACGUGCCACCAUCACUUGGCAAACUCCCUAUAGAUUCUGCGUUUGAGAGUUUCUGCAAAGGGGUUUAUCCAUUCGGGCCAUUGCAGGAUCAUGCUUUGGGCUAUUUUCAGGAGAGUCAAAAGAGACCUGAGAAGAUACUUUUUUUGAAAUAUGAAGAGCUGAAGAAAGACCCGAAAGGGCAAUUGAAAAAACUAGCUUCAUUCCUGGGAAAGCCUUUUGCUAAUGAGGAAGAGGUUGAUAGAAUAUUGUGGAGGUGUAGCUUGGAAAGGCUCAAGAGCUUGGAGGUGAACCAGAAUGGAGUUGACCCUUGGGAUGGGUUGGCUUACAAUACAUAUUUCAGGCUGGGUAAUGUUGGGGACUGGAAGAACAGUUUAACCCCGGAGAUGAAAGACCGACUUGAUGAAAUUACAAGACAGAAACUCCAAGGGUGUGAUCUAGUUUUCGGGAGCUAAUUGUCCUGGAUAAUGAUCUUCUGGUUUUUUUUCCGGAAUAAGGCUGCAGUGUCCAUUUUUAAUUGCUUUUUAUUUCCUCCGUUUUCAUUAUAAUUCUUAAUGAAUCGGGUACUAGUCUUUGUUUUUGGGAUGUCAAUUAAACUUGUUCAAGUUCUUUGUGGAGAGUCAGUCAUAAUUAAGAAGAAAAUUGAGCU